AUGUCUCCACCGUCCGCCACUGAGCCCGAACAAACAAAACCCAGCACGGCUGCGCCCCUAGAGCCCGGCCUGAGCGAAAAACAGGCAAAGGGAUUGCAACUCAGCCUCCCAGCACCACCCAAGUUCGACGACCCACUCAAGGAGCGCGCAUACCUAAAGGGCCGCCUCGCUGCUGCAUUCCGCAUCUUUGGCAAAUAUGGCUUUGACGAGGGUGUAGCCGGCCACAUCACUUUGAGAGAUCCCGUCGACCCCACGACCUUCUGGGUGAAUCCCUUCGGCGUAGCCUUCAGUCUAAUGAAAGCAUCCGAUCUGAUUCUCGUCGAUGCAAACGGCAAAGUCAUUGACGGAGGCGAGUGCCGCCUCCUCAACACAGCAGCAUACAUGAUCCACCACGCCGUGCACACAGCGCGCCCCGAUGUCGUAGCAGCAGCACAUUCGCAUUCCAUCUACGGCCGUGCCUUUUGCGCUCUCGGCCGCAAACUCGAUACCAUUACCCAGGACUCUUGUGCUUUUCACAACGACCACGUGCUGUAUGAGUCGUUCAACGGCAUCGUGCUUGCGGCGGAGGAAGGGAAAAAUAUCGCCAAAUGCCUGGGCGAUAAAAAAGCUGCCUUACUGCAGAACCAUGGCUUGUUGACGGUGGGACAGACGAUCGAGGAGGCCGUGUUUUGGUUUGUCAGCUUGGAAAAGUGUUGUCAGGCGCAGCUCGCGGCGGAUGCGGCGGCUGCGGGCCGAGGGGGCCAGACGGUUAAGAUUGAUGAUGAAGACGCGGUUUAUACGUAUAAGACGGUUGGAACACCGCCGGCCGGCUGGUUUAGUGCAAAGCCGUUGUUUGAUGUUAUUCACAAGGAGACGAAUGGGGAGUAUUUGGAGUAA